AUGAGCGGGAAGAUAGAGCAUCUGGUCAAACGAUAUUGCACGCGGGAAGAGCUUUCGAACCGAGGUGUGUGGCGCGGCGAGCUUUACAAGGCGAGCGAAUGGCCAUUUUUCGAACGUGGAUGGUGUUGGAAGACGUUGUUACUGGGCGAGGAAGACGGACUUCUUACGAGACUGGAGCCUGUUGCUUUAGUGGAGAGUGAAAUUUCAGGUUGGAAUGCGACGGAAAGUAGUGGAUUGAGACGAUUGACCCCAGUUGUCGCCGACAAUCAUCCUUUGGAAUUGUGCAACCCGACGCAGGCAAAUGACAGCCGUGAGGAAGACGAUAGGUUCAAGGAGAAGUUGUCGAUGAUGGAAACACUUGAGAUCAUAGAGUUGGAUGUUAGACGACUUUUAUUAGACAAGAUAUUCGCGCAUGAACAGGUCAAAAGCCAUAUGGUACAGAUCCUGUACAAUUACGUGGUGGAAAACAAUACCAGUUACAAGCAAGGGUACCACGAGCUAUGUGGAGCCGUGUAUUUGCAGAUGUUGUCCGACGAACCCGAGAUGAGGGUCGUGAAUACGUUUAAUAUCUUCAACAAACUCAUGGUGCGAAUCCGGCCUGUGUUUUACGAGGAAAAAGCGUUAAUAGCGUGGUCCAAAGACGUUUUCGACACCAUUCUGAAACUCACGAUCCCCAGGCUUCAUACCUUGUUGACCGACCAUCACAAGGUGGACAGUACACUGUGGCUCAUACGGUGGACACGGCUAUUGUUUUUACGCGAGCUCGAUCUUUCUUACGCACUACGAAUUUGGGAUCAUAUUUUGACAUUCACGUAUCCGGUACCGGACCUUAUUGCAUGUGUCAUUGUGGUCAUGUUGAUCGCGAUUUCACAGGAAUUGCAUUCGUGUGAGGAUCAGGGCGACAUAAUAAGUCUGCUCUUACACUAUCCAUCAGAUCGACAGAUCAACUGUGUGGAUCUGAUGAAGCAUAGCGCCAACUUGUACGAGUUGUAUUCUACGCAUCAAUUCCAAGAGAUGCCUGGGUUCGGCGAGAUCAUCUGUCGUACUUACAAUCGAGAGUGGUACGAUAAAUCUGCACAGAUUAAGGACCCGAACCGGCUGCGAUUGGAAGAAAGGCUUAAACGUCGUGUGGAGUGGAGAUUACAGCAGGAUAAAUAG